CUUUACCCAAUCACAACAGAUCAAUUUAGAUUGGUAUUUUUUCCCUUCGCCGAUCAUCAUCCGCCCACCCGACUUUUGAUUUGACGAACGUCCAGGGUCACAGUAGCGUGCGUCGUGCUCAACAGGCUAUAUAAGCCACAAAAGUUUUCUCAAGCCUCCAGCAAACGGGCAAAGUGCGCUAGAGAGCGGAGAAAAGGGUAACCGUGCGUAUUCGCCUUUGUGAAAAGUGACUUAGAGCAAUGGAGAGAUCCGUGCGACUCGCCGUGGUGUGCGUCAGCGUGUCUUUACUCAUCUCGGUCCAUCCCGUAGAAGCGUGGUACAAGCAGUCUACCGGGCCCAGCUACUACUCAGUGGGGCGCGCCUCAGGGCUCCUGUCCGGCAUCAGGCGGUCACCGUAUGUCCGGAGGGCCGAGUCCGAAGAAGUCGUAGAGGGCGACGAGACGGCGGGAAACAACUUGAUCUCGGACACCAACCGGCAAAUCUCCAUCCUCAAAAACAUGGCCAUUUGUGUAAAAGACAUUUCCCCGAACCUGAAGAGCUGUGAGCUGCUGCGGGACGGCACGGGCACGUUCCAGUGCAAAGCAGACGUGUUCCUGACGCUGGACUCUCUGGACUGUUUGUCCGCCUGAGUCCGCCAGACCCGGACCCGAUCCGGGAAAAGGCGCUCAAACGGAGGAAACGGAUCAUUCACUGAUGGACCAGAGCAGACUCUGAAUGUCUCAUUUAAAACAUAAAGUCCCGUUUGGUUUGGUUGUUGAAAUUGAGUAAACUUAUUAGAAAAGACAAAAAAGCCUGUGAGUUGAGCACUGUGUCAGAAGACUUUUUAUUUUGUUUGUCUGACAUGUACUUGUUCCGUCACUGUCAAUUAAAUGUCCAAAAGGUCUACUGCAGAGCAGUUUAUGUUUAUUUAUUUUAUUUAUUAAAACGAACAAACACUCAAA